GCCCUCCAGGAGGAGGCCCGGAUCUAUGCCCUGAAUGAGGAAGGCUCGAAGGCCACGGUUGGUCAGCAGGCGCUGGAGCCGAACCAGCUGAACCUGGACAGCCUGUCGAAGGACAACUUCGGCAUCUUCUCCGGCUCGUACCAGUACAACUUCACCGGGCGCAAUGUGACGGUCUUCGUUCUGGACACCGGCCUGUGGGUCAACCACCUGGAGUUCGAGGGCCGCGCCCAGCUGUACGAGUCGUAUGCCGGCAGCGACUGCGCCGACUGCAACGGCCAUGGCACGCAUGUGGGCGGCAUCGUCGGCGGCAAGACCUUCGGCGUGGCCAAGGAGGCCAAUAUCUUCUCCAUCAAGGUCCUUGGCGACGACGGCAAUGGCACCAUGUUCGACCUGAUCACCGGCAUCUACGACGUGGCGGACAGCCCCUUCUUCCCCAAGGUGGCGGUCAUGUCCCUCGGUGGGACCGUGGCCAGCGCGGCCCUGGAGAAGGCCCUCGAAUACGCCCAUAAGCGCGGGGUGGUGCUGGUGGCCGCCGCUGGCAAUGAGGCCGACAAUGCAUGCUCCUAUGCCCCGGGCAAGUCGAAGUUCGUCAUCUCGGUGGGUGCCCACGACUCGAACGGCGUCCCCAGCUCCUUCAGCAACUACGGCGAGUGCAUCGACAUCUAUGCGCCGGGGAAUCGCAUUCGCAGCGCCGUGUCCGGCACCCAUGACCAGGAGAUGUUCAUCCAGACGAGCGCCAUCAACCCACUGGUGUCGAAGAAGGACGCCCGCAAUGCGAUGGUCGGCUACAAGUCCGGAACCAGUGUGGCGGCCCCCCAUGUGGCCGGCAUCGCGGCCAUGCUCCUCGAGCAGAACCCCCUCCUGACGCCCGACGAAACCAAGGCCCUGAUCCUGGCCCAGACCAAGAUCACCGGGGUCACCGAGUCGGCCGAGAACGGCGGCACCACCAAGCCCGCGGCCUACUCCCUGAUCCAGGCCUCGCCGUGCGACGGCUUCUGCGACGCCUUCCUCAUUGACCUGAUCCCCCGGACCAGCGGCCGGACGCCGACCUUCUACCCGCCGGGAGCGGGGCCGCUCAAGGCCUGGCUCACCUGGCGCGAGGAGGACAUCCUGCCGGAAAUGCUGAGCAUCCGCUUGCAGAAGUUCUCCCCCAAGUCGGAGUCCUGGGAGGACAUCGACAAUCUGACCGAGCCGAAGGUCCUGGUCGACGGCCUGGGCACCAAGCUCCAGCCCCAGCGCCAGGUGGCCAUCCGCUUCGAGGUGCCGACCGCCGGCGAGCCGUACCGCUAUGUGGUCUCGCUGAAGCAGCCCUACUACCAGACCUUCAAGGUCCUCAUCAACUCGCAGACCACGCCGGCCUGCGUGGCUGAGACCGACUGCAAUGGCAACGGCAUCUGCAGCCGGGAGUCUUACCGCAGUGAGGUGCCCCUGCGCGUGCAGGCCGCAGACAUGUGCAUCUGCUCCAAGGAGUUCGCCGGGGACGCGUGCAACCGGCGGUCCUUCCACACCAUGACCAAGUGGCUGAUGACCGGACUGGGCGUGGUGUUCCUCGUUGUGUCGGUGGUGUACCUGAUUUACGAGGAGACGUGCGGCCGCCGGCGCCGGCAGCAGCGCGCCCUGGCCAAGCAGCAGCAGCUGGCCAACAAGCAGGCUAAGAAGGCCAAGAGCGCGGCCGCGGCCGCGGCAGCCGCGGCCCCGGUGGCCGCCCAGCCGGUGAUGGCUCCGGCCCCGGCUCCGGCCCAGCCGGCGUCGGCCUUCGCGGCACCGGUCACCGAGGUCCCGGUCACCCCGUCGGAGAUGAUGCGUGCCCUGCAUGAGCACCAUUACGCCAACCUGGCAUCCGGCCGGCCGAGCUCCAGCGCAGGGCCAGUGCACUAUCCCUCGCCCUACUAUCGCUAGACGCCUCCAUUAGUACCCCAGACCGCGCUCAAGCAUAUGGGCCCCAAUGUCUGUCUGUCUGUGUGUGUGUGUG